UAUGUAUCAUUGAUGAGUUGCGCUCAUAUCACAGCUUUCCAAACGUCAGUCAUACUCUAAGGCAGUUCCUCACUGUGUUGUGUUCGGGGAAGGCUAAAAUAAUGGAGACAGCUGUGUGGAUGAUCCUCUUUAUUCACAUAGUUCCAGGACAUUUUACCUCGAAGACUCCCAUUGACAUUGUAUUUGACUACUGUAAGAGCCGUCACCCCUUGCAGUCACCUGUCUACGAGGGAGCCGUUCUUAAUGUGUCAGUGAACAUCAAUAUUCUUCAUCUGGACAACUUGGAUGAAACCAAACAGGCGCUGACGAGCACUGCCUGGUUUUACUUUGUGUGGAACUUGAAAGGGUUGACUUGGAAUGAAACCGAAUUUCAGAAUAUCUCCCGGGUGAUGGUGCCUGCUGAUAUGUUGUGGUUGCCGGAUCUGAUGUUGCUUAAUGCCAUUGACAAAUUUGGUCAUCUUAGCGAGGAUUCAUUUCCGCCUCAUGUUUGGAGUAAUGGGACUGUUGAGUGGUACGCAACAAAAAGACACGUCACUUCCUGUAAGGUCGACGUCACCCGUUUCCCGUUCGACCAACAGCAUUGUUCUUUUCGUUUGGCGCAGUGGGUCUCAUUCAGCUCAGAAGUGAACUACACUUUUAAUGACCCACCCAUCACAUUUCGGGCAUACGAAGAAAACGGUGAGUGGGAAAUAAGGAAGUCAUCAGUUCAAGAUGACUAUAUCUAUGAAGGUAAAUAUCAAGUUCUCAUCUUUGAGUUGAUCCUUGUUCGCCGUCGAGAAUAUUACAUUUUAGCAGUCGUGGUACCAAUGUCUAUCCUGUCUGGUCUCAAUCUGAUGGUGUUUCACGUGCCCCCGGAGUCAGGGGAGAAGAUGUCCCUGUGUGUAUCUGUAUUGUUGGCCUACGCCGUGUACCUGACCUCCAUCAACUCCCUCUUACCGUCUGUGUCCGACCACGUGGCUCUCUUCAGCGUCUACCUCAACUGCAUGUUUGUCCUCAAGGCUCUGACUGUUGUGGCGUCAGUCUUUGUUCUCCACCUUCACUCAGCUUCACCCAAUUCGGCAGUUCGUCAACGUCUCAGUAGAUACUUUUCUUCAGCAUUCACCCUGCCAAAUCAGGCCCACGUACCACUGCCAAAAUCAGCAUCACAAGACCUCCAAAUGUCACAUCAGGACAAAGAUGCUGACCCACUGUAUGAAAAGCGAUGGCCGUGUGUUGUACAAAGUAUUGACCAUCUUUUCUUUGUGGUCUUCCUACUGAUAGUCCUUGCAUCUUCAAGUGGAUUCUUCUGUGCUAUGUUGGUAACCUAGUCAUCCGAUGCACUGCAACAAAUCUUGAACAAAUACUGCCUCAGUGGCGCUCGCACCUUUUGGCUUAGAUUAUUCCUAUGAUUAAAUUACUUAUAAAUAAUAGCUACGUGAUAAAUCGGAAAGAACUGUGAACAAAAAAGCGUGGAUUAUUUCACGGUAAAACAGUGUUCUAGCAUGCGUCAUUUCUGGAGAUUGGAACAUGUGGUCGCAACUUGAUAAACGCAAUGUCCGGAGGGGAGGGAUAUGGCAAUCGGUAUUGUUAGAAAGGGUACAGA